AUGUCCUGGAAGUACCCUGUUGCUAAUUACAUCGAUGAAUGCGCCAUUCAACCAUGUAAAAACGGGGCCACGUGUUAUGAUGGUAAGAACUCCUACAUCUGUGCGUGUCCGCCUGGAUAUACUGGACAGACGUGUAACACUGACAUCGAUGAAUGCGCCAUUCAACCAUGUAAAAACGGGGCCACGUGUUAUGAUGGUAUGAACUCCUACAUCUGUGCGUGUCCGCCUGGAUAUACUGGACAGACGUGUAACACUGACAUCGAUGAAUGUGCCAGUCAACCAUGUAAAAACAGGACAACGUGUAAGGAUGGUCUGAACUCCUACAGCUGUGUAUGUCGGCCUGGAUAUACUGGGCAGACGUGUGGCAUAGAUAUCGAUGAAUGCGCCAGUCAACCAUGUAAAAACAGGACUACGUGUAAGGAUGGUGUGAACUCCUACAGCUGUGUAUGUCCACCUGGAUACACGGGACAAACGUGUGACAUAGACAUCGAUGAAUGCGCCAGUCACCCAUGUAAAAAAGGGGCCACGUGUUAUGAUGGUAUAAACUCCUACAUCUGUGCGUGUCCGCCUGGAUAUACUGGACAGACGUGUAACACUGACAUUGAUGAAUGUGCCAUUCAACCAUGUAAAAACGGGGCCACGUGUUAUGAUGGUAUGAACUCCUACAUCUGUGCGUGUCCGCCUGGAUAUACUGGACAGACGUGUAACACUGACAUCGAUGAAUGUGCCAGUCAACCAUGUAAAAACAGGACAACGUGUAAGGAUGGUCUGAACUCCUACAGCUGUGUAUGUCCGCCUGGAUAUACUGGGCAGACGUGUGGCAUAGAUAUCGAUGAAUGCGCCACUCGACCCUGUAAAAACAGGACUACGUGUAAGGAUGGUGUGAACUCCUACAGCUGUGUAUGUCCACCUGGAUAUACGGGACAGACGUGUGCAACAGCACCCGUAUUCAAAGCAAAUUUCACCACUCUUGGCGCUGAAGGAAGACUUGGUCCCACCUCUGUAGGCAGUCACUAUGAUGGUCAAUCCCAUGAGGGACUGGUGAACGUCACUCAAGGAAUACAGUACUUUACUGUCCCAUACUCAGGGACAUAUAGGAUAGAGGCAGCAGGUGCUGCGGGAGGAUGUGACACACUAGACUCCCCGAGGGGUUGUUUCCUGCGAUCAAAGGGGGCGUAUGUUGCUGGGCUAUUUCAACUAUCUGCAGGAGAAACGCUACAUAUCUUAGUCGGCCAGAAGGGGAGAUAUAACAGUCAGUAUGGUGGAUCAGGAGGUGGGGGAGGCAGUUAUGUUGCCAGCUCCACCAACUCUCCACUCAUAGUGGCCGGCGGUGGCGGAGGUACAGACCACAUAAAAACCUAUCGUCCAGAAUGUGACGGCACCUCCAAUCCAGAGGGUGGUACUGCUUACGGUACUUCAUGGACAGGUGGACGUGAUGGUAACGGGGCACCAGGGUAUGACAGGGGAUGUGGAGGCGCAGGGUUCUACACAGAUGGUGGUAACAGCAACCAUCAUGAUUGCACGGGCGGCAAGUCAUUCCUCCACGGCGGAGAGGGGGGACUUGGAGUUAACUACAGACCUAGUUCAGAUGGCGGAUUCGGCGGCGGAGGUGGUUCUCAUGGCGCAGGCGGUGGAGGGGGAGGCGGGGGGUGGGUACUCAGGUGGGGCUGGAGGUAG